AUGUCGAGCAAACGCCACUCAAUCCUGCCCGCGAUUGACAGAUCCGGCCCCAAGCCACCCGUCAACUUUUCGUCCUCCCUCGUAAUCUCCGACAAUGCCAUUCUACAAGGCACACACUCAAUAACUAUGCAAUCCGAAACGGUGAUUCACCCUCGCUGCCGCUUUGAGUCCAAUGACGGCAGUGUUCUUAUCGGACGACGCUGCAUCAUUCACGAGCGGGCUCACAUCGGGGCCCGACCCGAGAACCCAGAAACUGCCGGCGCGGGAGGUGUUGCUGUCGGUGACUAUGUGCAAAUAGAGGUCGGCUCUAUCAUAGAAUCCGGCGGCACAGAAAUCGGCGAGGGCAGCUUGAUUCAAGUCGGAAGCAAAAUUGGCAGCGGCACCAAGAUUGGAUCGAACUGCACAAUAUCUCCCAUGUCUGUUAUUCCUCCCGGAACGACAUUACCAGACUACACCGUUGUCUAUUCGAACGGCACACAACGAACGGACCAACGCGACGCAUCCGAAUUGAGGAAACUAGGCAUGGUGAAGCAAAUAGCUGUCCUACGGCACAUGAUUCCGAGCAACCCGGACAAGUUCAAGUGA